UGGUAAUUUUGAUUAUAUUAGCACAGACGCAUUCCGUAUUUCUUUAAAUAUCUCACAUUUAUUCACUCUAUUGCCCUCACUGUUUCUUGUUCUUGUAAAGUGAUAUGACUUAUAGAAGUAGGUUUCCCUCCCGAUUUUACGUUGUCAGUACGUUUUAUAGUCCCGUGUAAAUGAAAUAAAUUAAAGUCUGUGCAAUAGAAAUUUACAGAAUCUGAAAAUUAUGUAUUACGUAAGCUGCUGUAUAUAUGCCUAAUUAAAUGGUAUAAGGUAUUUAACCAUGGAAUUUAUUAUUUGUGUUCUGUUGUGAAAUACCUAUGGAGAAUUAUUCUUAGUUGAUUUCCUGGUUUGAUCAAGUUGGAUCAUUCAUUUAUAUACAAAUAUUUCUGUUCAGCAUAUGAUUCGUGCUUAAUUUGUUAAGAUUUGAUUAUUUUAUUCCAGAUAUUCUUCUAACUGUGACUAUCCUACUCGAGUGAAAGUCGAUGAUUAUUGGAACUGUGACUCCAAAAACUUCUGUAUCAUCUGUUGUAGAUAGCUGUCAGACAACUAGCUUAACAACGUCGUCCGUUCCUAUAUCUUCAGGCUCAGAAACCACAAAUGGUAUACUUCUUAGCAAUCUAUGGACUCAACUUGAUCACAUUCAAUCUACAAUUCCUGAUCGGUUAUCAGUUGCUAUAUUAGAGGGUGCUGGGGUACAGAUGGAAAACAGCGACCCACGGCUUGCUCGUUUAAUCAGUCUAGCUGGUCAAAAAUUUUUGACUGAUAUCCUUUCUGACGCUAUGCUUCACUGGCGUCUUGCAAAUGGGCAGCCUACUGGGUUGCUUAACCAUCCAAGCAUGUCUACAUCUAUACCAAGCCAAGCAUCUACUAUGUCUUCUGUGAAUGCUACUACGACAACAGCGAGCAAUCCAAGUCAGACUGUUUCACAGUCUCCAUCAUCUAGUGGAAAAACUGGAACAAAUAAAUUUCCCACCGAUCGUCGUGCCACUCUUACAUUGGAAGAUCUAAUUGCUUCAUUGAAUGAUAGGGGUAUUCAUGUUGCCAAACCGCCUUAUUAUCGGUAGACUAUAUAUUGUAUAUUUUUUCUUUCAUUUUCUUCUUCUUUGUAGUCGUCUGUUCCAUUUAACCUCUUCAAAAUGUUUAAAAAACUUUUUAAUAUUGUUUUGUACACGGAGCUACAUUUAUUUAUUCUUUUUGUCAACCAAAAAUCGGAUAUGGCAGGAACACUGUAAUUCACUUUAAUGCUACCUUGAAGUAAAUUAAUAAAAACAUACAUUUAUUGCGAUUAGUG